GGAGGAGCCGACAACUCAGUCUGUUCUGACGGAGCCGAAGUCCAGAAACCAUAUUUACAGGUCCAUGUGCCUGCACUGCAGCUAUGAGCGGAAUUUUAAAGAGGAAGUUCCAAGAAAUUGACAGCUCCUCACCCUGCUCCUCUGUGCAGGAAUCAGACGAUGGCGUUUUUAGCUGUGGCAGUACAGACAGUGUUGAUGGUGUCAUUCAGUCCACUUCUAAUCAUUUCACUGGAAAAAAUAAGGAGAUAUCUACAGACUGAAAAGAUGUUUUCAGAGGCAUAGAGUCUUCAGGAAAAUACUGGCGUCCAUGAGGUCUCAAGGUACGUGGGACUGCGCUGCAGCUAUGAGUGGGAUUUUAAAGAGGAAGUUUGAAGAAGUGGACGGCUCCUCACCCUGCUCCUCUGUGCGGGAAUCAGACGAUGACGUUUCCAGCUGUGACAGUGCCGACAGUGGGGACAGCGUCAACCCAUCCACUUCUAGCCAUUUUCCCCCCUCCUCCAUCCUCAAAAGAGAGAAGCGGCGGAGGACGAAGAAUGUGCAUUUCAGCUGUGUCACCGUGUAUUACUUCACCCGGAGGCAAGGCUUCACGAGCGUGCCCAGUCAGGGGGGCAGCACGCUGGGCAUGUCCAGCCGCCACAACAGCAUGCGCCAGUACACCCUGGGCGAAUUCGCGAGGGAGCAGGAGAGGCUCCACCGGGAGAUGCUGAGAGAGCACCUCAGGGAGGAGAAGCUGAAUUCUCUAAAACUAAAGAUGACGAAGAAUGGCACCGUGGAAUCUGAAGAAGCUAGCACCCUUACCGUGGAUGACAUUUCUGACGAUGACAUUGACUUGGACAACACCGAGGUAGACGAGUACUUCUUUCUACAACCGCUGCCAACAAAAAAGCGGAGAGCGCUGCUGCGGGCCUCUGGCGUGAAGAAGAUUGACGUGGAGGAGAAGCACGAGCUUCGAGCCAUCCGCCUAUCGAGAGAGGACUGUGGCUGUGACUGCCGAGUGUUCUGUGAUCCAGAAACGUGUACCUGCAGCCUCGCGGGCAUUAAGUGUCAGGUGGAUCGGAUGUCCUUCCCCUGUGGCUGCACUAAAGAACGAUGUAGCAACACAGCAGGUAGGAUCGAAUUUAAUCCUAUCCGUGUCCGGACUCAUUUUUUGCACACAAUAAUGAAACUGGAACUGGAGAAAAACCGAGAGCAGCAAAUCCCCACGCUGAACGGCUGCCACGGGGAGAUAGGCGCCCACAGCAGUUCCAUGGGCCCUGUCGCUCACUCCGUAGAAUAUUCGAUUGCAGACAAUUUUGAGAUGGAAACGGAACCGCAGGCCGCCGUGCUGCACCUGCAGUCCGCUGAGGAAUUCGAUUGCCGCGGGGAGGACGGGGACGAGGACGAGGAGGAUGGGAGCAGCUUCUGCAGUGGAGUCACUGACUCCAGCACUCAGAGCUUGGCGCCCAGUGAGUCAGACGAGGAGGAGGAGGAGGAGGAGGAGGAGGAGGAGUCGCUGGUGCCUUACACCAUGACCCCGGAGCAAUUUGUUGACUAUGCCCGCCAAGCAGAGGAGGCCUACGGCCCUGCCCACUACCCAGCCGCCAACCCCUCUGUCAUCGUCUGCUGCUCCUCCUCAGAGAGCGACAGCGGUGUGCCCUGCGGUAGCUUGUAUCCGGAACACAGGUCCAACCAUCCUCAAGUGGAAUUUCACUCCUACUUGAAAGGCCCCUCCCAGGAAGGCUUUGUCUCUGCGUUGAAUGGUGACAGUUGCAUUUCAGAGCAUCCUGCUGAAAAUUCUCUGAGCCUCGCAGAAAAGAGCAGACUGCACGAAGAGUGCAUCAAAUCACCGGUGGUUGAGAGUGUCCCUGUUUAGUAGCGUAAGUUAUUUCCAGACCACCUCUUCUCCUAUUUAAAGCACCGUAUUUAAUUGGAUUUCCUGGGCUCUUGGUUGUUAGAAACUGAGGACCAAGAGAAUUUGGACCGUGGUGAAUCUUCCAGACUGUAUUUUGUUUUAUCCUUUCUAGCUACGUGACUGUGGCAUUGCACAAAUACAGUGUCUGAGGAUUUUAAAAGAUGUCCGACUGUUUUGAUAGAAAAAUGCUAAUUUUAAAAAAGCAUAUCUCACAGUUGCCUACCUGUCAAGCUGUGUGAAACCUGCCAAGCUGUGUAGAUCAGAUCUCCAAGUUUUGGAUUAUCGGGCCUGUGCAAGAUUGUUGACUAAGACUGGGAAAUAAUAAGAAGAGAAUCCUAAUUUUCGAUAUUUAAUUGAAGAUGAUGGUGACUUUUUAAUGUAAAAGUAAUUAUUGUAAGCAAAAGAUUUAACCGUUCCAUGUGUAUUUUAUUUAUGGUAGUUAGAAGUCAUGUUUUGAUUAAAAUGAACAGCAGCAUGUUCUUUUAAGCUGAAGAUGCAUAGUUAGUACCACCAAGCAUGCCCACAUGGAUUGCAUCUGGAAUCCAUUCGCGUUUUUAUGAUCAUGACUGAUCAGAUUUGCAAAUACUUUCUUAAGGGUGAAAUAGGCCUAUUUUUGCUAUUUUGGACAAAUAAAUGAGUCUAUACGUGCAGGUCCUUACACAGUUUCCUCUAAAGUUAAGACUUAGGACAAUCCUCUGGUGAGGGUCUAAUUCACUACCCUCCCUCAGUUGACUCCAGAGAUGGAGGUGGAAGGAAUGGCCUUUCAUUUUUAAACAGCAUCAUCUUGGUUCUUAGCUGGGACAGCACCUUUAAACUCUACUCCCCUACAUCGAGAUGCACUUUAGUGCCCCUUUAUGGUACCUUGUGAGGGGUGGGGACUGAGAACUCUUUGAGAUGAAAAAUUUUAAAGAAAUUUUUUUAAGACUGUAACUAUUAGAAGGUUCAUAUAAUUAAUGUAGAGGGGUCAUCCAAUGAUACUUUAUAAAGAAAAAAAUGACCUAUUCUCCUUUGCCACUCUGAAGGCCUAACUCGGUUAAAGCAGAGGAGGCUGAGGACACGUGGAAGAGACACAUCCUCAGCAACCAGCCUUUCUACAGCGUGAUCAAUCUAUCUCUGCAAAAUGAGUGUAUGAUGAGAUUUCUACUUAGUGACUAGCUGAUUAAGGGGGGGCCUCUUUCCAAACACUCAGCUAGGCCUUACUCACAAGAAGCAUUUUGAUUUCUCUUGCCCGGGACAAUUAGCAGAACAGUCCAGAAUGCAUUGAAUACUUCCUAAUUACCUCAUGUUCUCUUGUUAAAGGGGACAGAUAGAAAUAAAACAUGCACUCCCCACCUUUAGAUUAUCUGCGCUCGGAGGACUUCUAAGAUCCCAAUUUUCCUGUAAAUUAGGUAACUAGAUAGUGUGCUCUGCCGUUUUUUCCUUUUUCCAAUGCAAUAUGACUAUGCUAACUCUGUUUCAUAUUUUUGACUUUCUAUUGUUAUAUCAUUUCACAUUUUCUGCCUUUUUUGAAAUGUUGACAUGCCUUUGCAAUUCAGUGACUGUAUUCACUAGUUAAUUUUUAUGUCUUUUAGACUUGGAUAUUUAGAGAUAUGGAUAUGAAUGUAGUGUAGAUCUCUAUUCCUUAAAAAACUCUUUUAUUUAAUUGAACUUAAAAAUGCUUGAUCUAGAGAAAGUCCUCCAAUGGAAGAGUUUCUACUAAAACUUGAUUUGGGGAAAAACAUGUUUACUUGGCAGCUGUUUCACUGUGCAGUUGGUUCCUGCUCUGUCUCUACCCCACCGCUGGGCCAAAUUUAUAACAUUAUAAAUGUUAACAUUAAAGGAGCUUUGCAUUUGUCCUUCUGGAGGGAGCAGUAAUGAGGACGGGAAGGUUCCUUUUGAAUGAUAAGCCUUUGGGCUAAUCAGACUGGGGUGUUGCUCAAAUGUUGUUAGUAUAGCCCAUGUUGUCUACAAAGUUACAGUUUUUAGUAUUUGAUCUCCAAAUUUUUCUCCUUACCAAUACAAUCUAAAGAGCACAGGCCCAGAGAGAAAAUGAGCAGAGGCCAUUGUUCCCUCAUUCAAGCACGUGAAGGAAUCAUAGACCCGUGUUUGCUGGACUGGAAUGCAGAGUGCGGCAGAGUAAGGGAGAGAGGACUCCAGCUGCGGCAGAGUUGGAGGGUGGAAUGUCAGUCAAAGUUCUAAAAGGAUAGAUAUUUCAUUUAAUUCAGCUUUAUAUUCACAAGAAGGUUG